GCUCACCAUGCACAUUCAAACAAGUGUCCGAAACACGGUUGAAACUAAAUCAGUGGACUUAAAAGUUACAGCGCGUAAUACAAUCUCGACCUUGGUGUAGUGACACAGGGACCAUGGUUACUAUGGAGGAAUUUAACAGUCACGCUGAAAAAGUUAAAAAGCUUAAAACUAAACCUAAUGAUAAUGAUCUCCUCGAACUUUACGGCUUGUACAAACAAGCUACGGUUGGUGACAACAAUACAUGUGCUCCUGGUAUCCUCGAUCUAAAAGGAAAAGCGAAAUGGAACGCUUGGAAUGGAAAAAAAGACAUGCAUGUACUUAAAAACUAUCUUCACAAGCCCAUAGGCUAGGUUUCCCAUUUGAAUAAUGACAAGUUGCCACAACACUAUAACAAAUAUGCAUUCUGCAGACUAAAGCUGGAAAUUUUUCUGCUUAGGAUGAGUGGAGAGACUCAAAUCAAUCACUCACUAAUCUUAUAUGAUUGGGACACGUGCGCUUUUGCUUAAUUUGCCAUACAUUGUACUGUAUGUCCCCAUGGUUGUGGUUCCUUAACAAUAGUUUAUAUUUAGGAUUGUAAGAUCGACAUUAGUGUUGUGUAUUUUAACUAAAACAUGCAGCACAAUGACAGUCGUAGGAAUAAACAUCAAAUUUGACCUGACUACCAAGGAAAAAAUUUGUUUACUGUUGCCUAAUUUGUCUUUUUUCUAUAAGCUACUCUUGUGCGCUACAAACUGAACUUGUAGACAGUAUGUAAAACCGUAAGACUAAAUAUUGGAAACCGUGGUUAGAUAUCCCCAUCACAACCGUCCAGAAAUAUAUUAGUAGUGUGACGUUUGGUCUGCUUGGUUCCCUGUUAUUCACCCGUUAACCAAUGACCCUGAAGUACAUUCUGAUUUGAUGUACAGAGAAAUAGAAGCAUUCUAUGCUGGAACAUCGUGCUAAUUAGAUAAAAAAGUAUACAAGAUAAAGGUGGUUGUGUGCGUCCGACCAAUGUAGUUGAACUAUGUAAAAUAUUUGGUUCAACCUGAGUUCCACUCCUUUUGGAUGUAAAAGACAAGUUUCACUUUAUUUAGUAACGUGUUGUUUCAAAGUAUUUCUCAUACACUAUAAAAAGUUGUUGAGCUCUUGAAUAAUCUUAGAAUGAAAGAAAAUACAGAUUAAAGUAACGAUUUAUAUAUAUGCCUCUAUAUGCGCAUUCGUAUUACCGCUUUUUAAAACAUGACAACUGAGUGUUAGAACUCAGUAGCAAAAUCAUCCUGGGAUCAGUGACCAUUCACCCUCCUACAAACAGAGAAACCUAUAUACCGUGAACUAAGUUCAUAGUCUUCAGCUAAUUAUGAGUGCGAAUAUCCUGAUUUUGUUUGAUACGAAAUGCCGUCAAUUUUUCCGAGUAUUCGUUGAAGGCAAUUGAGAAACUCACAUAAUAUCGGUUACUCAUGUGAUAGGAUGCAAAUUUCACUAAGGGGUGUUUUAAACGUAUGGCUGAAUUAUCCGCCUAAAAGCUUACUAUACUACACGUAUUUUGGCCUUGGAUUAAAGUUCAUAUAGAUAAGUUUAGAAAAACUAUUUGUGGUAUAACUAGGCAUCUUUACUCUCAUUUCAUCGUGUAGUUAUUUGCGAAAUGUAGCGAUUGUACUUACCGAUGGUAUAAGCCAGUAAAGUGUUUCGCAUUGAUUUAUUUUAUUACCAACCAUCAGCUCGCGGCUUCACUUUUCGAUGUUUGAGAAAUAGUCUAGUAUCACUGUCUUGAUAAAUGGUCCCAAAAAGUCACCAGUCAGUCUUACGCAACGUAGAGCCUGCUAAAACACUAGCAAAAGUCAUGAAAGUAGUUUCUUGUUAAUUCUAUUACUGUUUACUUCUAAAUUACAGGUAUUUGCAGCGAAGAAGCCAAAACGUUGUACGUGAAUAAAGCUAGAUGCCUUAUUGAAAAAUAUGGACUUGAAUCAUAAUUACUAUUAAUUUUGUUCAAGGAAACUAAGUUAUUCAGUUAAUAUUCAUAUAUUUUUGAUAUGAUUUACAUAUUGAGUUCGGUUAUAAUUUUUACUCUUUUUUCCUCAUCUUUUUUAUUUGUUACUUUACAAAUGUUAAUCGUAACGAUAAGGGUCAGUAAACAUUUUUGAUAGUUGUUAUUUACUGUAUAUCUAAACGUGUUUUACGACAUUAACGACUUCUAUUGUCUUUCAUACUUUUUUGUAAUAUCGAAAUACAUACUAAAGGAAACGUGGA